CGUGAACAGCUAAGGGGCGUUGUUAGGCACGACGCGAACCACGGCUUCUUGGGGCAUAUUGCGUUAUUAUGUUAUGGAAUGUUAGUUAUAGGUUGGUGAAGAAAUGAAAGAAUGUAAGCAGAAGUUAACCCAAUGGAAGACCUUAUAAAUGAUCUGAUAUCGCAGCUGUAUGCUGAGGUUAUUAGUUUGACGUGCUUUCCUGUUUCUCAUCACUUUCUCACAUCUCGUACUUUAAAGCUUUCUGGGUUGGUUAUUCACCUUCCUGUCUAAACAGAUAGGCUACUCUGUCAGUGAGGCAGAAGGUGGAUGCCACAAAUGCUGACAUGAAGCAGAGUCGGAGUAUUUCAUGUUUUCAUCGAUUUGUAAGUCUAUGAAUUCAAAUACUAUUGCUCGUCAUUCAUGACUCUUGAGCUAAAACUGAACAACAUCUCAUCAUGACUGUGUCAACACUGUGUUUGGAUUCGGUAUUUAUACUAUUUAUAGUCUCCCAAUGCCAAUGCCAAAUUAAAAUUCCACUCAUGACAGAUGGACGUUGUUCAGCAGGAUAUUACAAAUUACAACAGGUCUGUGUGAAGUGUGCGAGCGGUUUUUUUUCUGAAUUACCAGGUAGACUGGAACAAUGUUCAAGAUGUACGACAUGUGAUAGCGGUGCUAAUGAAGUAGAGAAUACCUCCUGUACACCAACACAGAACAGAGUCUGCGCUUGUAAACCUGGAUUUUACAAGAGUAAUGGUCACUGUAAACACUGUAACAGUUGUCAAAACUGCACAGAAUGUCUGAACUGUAAAAAGAAUUGUAACCAAGAAACAGCUAUUAAAACCACAGCAGUAGGGUGUGAGCUUGGAGAUUUUCCGGAAAGUGGAAAAUGCCAAAGCUGUGUUAAGUAUAAGUGCAAGAAUGAAUCCUGUAAAUCUUUUUGUUCAGCUAUCACACCUGAAAGACAAGAUUUUCCUGACCCGCUGUUGCUGGUGUUACUCGUCAUUGUGACCUUAUUGGGGGGUCUAUUCUCUCUUUUUCUCAUCUGGUUCUACAGACGAAGAUGGCUUUGCUGCCGAGCCAGAAUCUGGAAUGUUGGCAAACAUCCAGACAUUCAGAUUCAACCAGUAAAUCAACCUAAUGAUGUAAUCAGCAUUCCCACAGCAAUGGAAAGAAAUGGAGCCACUAUCAAAACUUUACCAGUAACCAGCUACCCACGCAGCAUCCUCAGUGGAGAUUUACAGAGCAUCAUGGCCCCCCUGAUAGCAAACGGAAACCCAAAAUUGAUGCAGGUGUUGCAGAAGGAGUCCUGGCCAGCACCAGUGCUCUAUACUGUCAUAAAAGCGAUUCCCGUGAUGCGCUGGAAGGAAUUUUUGCGACUGCUUUCUGUGUCAGAUGAUCAGAUGGAACGGAUCGAACUGGAGGCAGGCCCGUCCUAUCUAGAAAAGCAGUAUCAUAUGCUGCGUCUGUGGAGCCAGAGCAGUGGAGCAAAGAUGGAGAAUAUCUACUCAACAUUACACUACAUGAACCUGUCAGGCUGUGCCCAGGAACUGCAAGAGAAGCUAGAACAAUUGCAAGCAAUUAUGUAAAACUGACUCAUCUUGACUCCAUCUCCUCAUGUGUGUGAGCUGCAGUUGCAUUUCAAUCAUUUACAAGGAUGCUUUGUCUUGUGAGCAGGAAACCCUCAUGGUUAAAAAUAUUCUUUGUGAAUUGUUUUAUUUAGCCAUAAUGUAAAAGUAAUGCAGAUUAUUAUGCAUAUCAUAGGUGCUUUGUAAUAACUUAUUACAAUUAUUGUUCUUUUUUUAUAUGAAUCAGCUUUGUGUCACUAUACUUGUACAAAUGUGAAUAUUUAAAGAUUAAUUGACCAAUUCAAAGUUUGAACUUCGUUUCAAUUUUAGCAUCCAUCAACUAGGGUUUUUCAGGAUAAACUUAGUUGCUUACUUGUGUGUUAUAAGUUCUCAGUCAUAUUGUACACCCGUGAGGUAUUACUUCAUACUCACUUUGUCACACCGGUAUUCAUUUGUUACUUUUCUUAAUAAAAACAAUGAAUGUG